UCGAAAUAUGAAGGAUUCUUGGACUUCCACGGGGAUUCAUCAACUUUGGGGCAAUCCGUUAGACUUUCUACCCUUUUUAUAACUGCAAAUUUCUUUUAUUCCUGUGGGCUGUAGUAUGUAGAACUUGAACCUAAUUAGUAGGAAACCGGAAAAAACUACUUGUGAGAAUUAAACCCAGAACCGAAUGGUCUCUAAGUCUUAUUUCACUUUGAAGAUGUCAAUAGGCUAUAAUGCUAUGAGUACUUUCUACCCUUUCUACUAGGUUUAAAGAGGUAUCCAACACAGGCUAUCCAAAUUGCGUGCCACAGACACAAAAGAUGCUCAUUCAAUAUUCGACUUGGUUGUAAACGAGCCAAUCGGCUCGACCUGAUUUGUAAAAUAGCAAAGGCCCGCUUAAUUCAGCUUGGCUUAGCUAAGCUCAGCUCGUGAACAACACCAGUAUCACGUGCCUAAAAUAUGAGAAUUGAAAAUUUAUUACACCGUGUAUAAUUUUGCUAAAGAGAUGAGUAGGUACAAGAACAGAUGCAUAACGUACUACCGUACGGAAGCUCCCAUGCACCCACACCCAGACGAUCACCCCACUCCAUUCACACAAAACUCUCAUUUUCACUCGUUUUUUAAUCAUUUUCACGCAAAAACGAAAAGUCGCCGUCGCCGAUUCAGAUCAACAGCUGAAAACCUAGGGUUCCGGUGAACGUGAAACCAUGUGGAGACGAGCAUCUUCUAAACUCUCAUCUCUCCGAUCUCUCGCCAGACCUAAUCGAAUCAUCACAUCUACACCUUCGCCGCUCACUCUUCGUCCAUCGGCGACUGUCGUCACUCGUCAUUUUUCCGGAAAUGUCUCGAAGAAAGUGGAAGAUGUGAUGCCUAUUGCGACCGGUCACGAGCGUGAAGAGCUUGAAGCUGAGCUUCAGGGACGGGACAUUCUGGAUAUCAAUUUUCCUGAAGGUCCUUUUGGUACCAAGGAAGCGCCUGCUGUGGUCAAGUCUUACUACGAUCAAAGGAUUGUUGGUUGUCCUGGAGCUGAAGGAGAGGAUGAGCAUGACGUCGUUUGGUUCUGGCUAAAGAAAGGUGAACCACAUGAAUGCCCAGUAUGCUCACAAUAUUUUGUGUUGGAAGUGGUGGGCCCCGGGGGACUUCCAGAUGGACUCGAUGAAGAUGAACAUCAUCAUCACUAAUUGCAUUUUCUAAAGUUUAAUACGGCGGAAUAAGAAUCCAGUUAGAUAACAGGACUUCUACAUUCUGCAGCUUCUACAAGGGUCCUGCGUUUUGUUUACUGUUUGCUUUUAGGUGAAUGAGCAUGCAAACAUUAUUUUUUGUUUGUGAAUUAUGGGAUUUUGGUGCAUGCUGUUUAUGUAUUGGAAUUGUGGACACUAUUGCUUGAAUGCAUUCAGAAUAAUUAAUGGCACAGAAUAUGUGUGCUUUCAGUUUU